CAAAGAGCGAUGGGAAGAAGGGACAUUAACACUAGUUUUAUAUGACGUGUUCACAGGUUCCUAGCUCGCCCGCAGUAUUCAAGGAAGUGUGUGGAAAGUCCCGCUCAUGGAGCAGUCAUCCAAAUGCCGGGUAUAUAAAGGUCAACAGAGUGAUCAUCGCCACAGUUCACUCUCAGCUCUUCUCUCAAAGGGACGCUCGUGGCAGACUAUUCCCACUCUUUCAGUCUCCAUAAUGGGUGGUGUGGGCGUGGUUCUUCUGCUGUUGGUAGGCGUGACUAGCGCCUGGCCGCCACAUAAGCUUUCCGACAAACUGCCAGUGCUUCCCCAAGGACACGCAGCCACCUUCCAUGCCAGCUCCUCUUCCUCAAGCUCAUCCUCUUCCUCGAGAUCCUCCUCUUCUAAGUCAAGCUUCGCUUCUUCUGCGGCUGGUACCUUCUUUAAUUCUUCCUCCGCUAGCGACGAGGCCUCGGCAGCAGACAGCGCUGCUGCCUCCUCCUUCUCCGGGUUCGUCUCUGGAGAUGCUGCAGGACACUUUCUGAAAAAUCUUGGUGUUUCUAAUGGCGUCUUCUCCGGGUUCCACGGAGCUGGGUUGGGGUCCGACAGUCAGAGUUCCCACGCUGGUGCUCAAGGAUCCGCUACAACCUUCGGAUCAAGCAGUCAUGGAUCUUCCUUAGGGGCUCAUGGAUCCACUACAGGCUUCGGAUCAGGCAGUCGCGGUACUGCUUCAGGGGGGUUGACUUCAACAGGUUCUGUAUCUAGCAGUCAUGGUUCUGCGUUAGGGGUUCAGGGAUCCGAUGCAGGUUUCGAAUUUGGCAGUCAUGGAUCUACUUCAGGAAUUCAGGGAUUAACUACAGGCUUCGAAUCCGGAAGUCACGGCAGAGGUUCAGGGGUUCAAGAAUCCACUGCAGGCUUUGGAUCAAGCAGUCACGGAUCUACUUCGGGGAUCCAGGGAUCCAUUACAGGCUUCGAAUCCGGAAGUCACGAAUCUGCCUUAGGGGUUCACGGAUCCGCUACUACAGGAUUUGGAUCCGGCAGUCAUGGUUCCAUCUCUGAAGCUCAGGGACCUGAUGCUGGAUUUAACGUCGUAUUUGAAGGUUCUUCUGGAAGACAAGGAUCUUCAGCUGGUUUUGGGUCUGCAGCGCACGAUGCUUCUGAAAGUCAAGGAUCUUCAGCUGGUUUUGGAUCUGCAGCACACGGUGCUUCUGGAAGUCAAGGAUCUUCAGCUGGUUUUGGGUCUGCCGCCCACGGUGCUUCUGGAAGUCAAGGAUCUUCAGCUGGUUUUGGGUCUGCAGCCCACGGUGCUUCUGGAAGUCAAGGAUCUUCAUCUGAUUUUGGGUCUACAGCCCACGGUGCUUCUGGAAGUCAAGGAUCUUCAGCUGUUUUUGGAUCUGCAGCCAUCGAUGCUUCUGGAAGUCAAGGAACUGGCUAUAAAAUAGCCACGCAUGGUGCUUCUGAUUCUUCACAUGAAUCUGCUACUCAUGGCGCCACUGACACUACAUUUGGAACCUCCAUCCAGGACAUUUCUGACUCAUUAUUCGGAUCUGCCGCACAGGGUGACUCUGCAACAACACAUAUUGCCUCUGGAAGCCAAGGAACUGGCAUCGGAUUUGGGCCAGCAAUUCACAGUGCCUCUGGAAGCCAAGGAUCUGCAGAUCACGGUAUUUCUGGAAGUCAGGAAAGUAUCACUGGACAUGGAUCUACAACUUAUGGUGCCUCUGGAAGUCAAGGAUCUGAGGUCGAGAUCGAAUCUGCAACCCACGAUACUUCUGGAAGCCAAGGAUCUUUUGUUGGCGUUGGAUCUGCAGCUCAAGGAGCUUCUAUAAGCCAAGAGUCUUCUGCUGGUUUUGAAUCUUUAGCACAUGGUACCUCUGGAAUCCAAGGAUCUGACAGUGGGAUUGAAAUAGCUUCCCAUGGUACCUCUGAAAGCCAAGAAUCCUCUGCAGACCUUGAAUCUUCAGACCACAGUAUAUCUGUAAGCCAAGACACAGACACUGGAUAUGGAUCUGCAUCUCACAGUGCAUCUGGAAGUCAAGGAUCUGACGCUGGGUUUGGUGCCUCUGAAAGCCAAGGGUCUGCUGGCUUUGACUCUGCAUCCCACGGAGCCUCUGAAAUUCAAGUAGAUGCAAGCUUUGGAUCCGCAUCUCACGGUGCUACUGGAAGUCAAGAAUUUUCUGCUGGUAUUGGAUCUUCAACUCACAUAGACUCUGGACUCCAGGGAAUUAACGUUGGCUUUGGAUCAGCACCUCACGGCACCUCUGGAGGUCCUGGAUCUACUGGCUUUGGAUCUUCAACCCAUGGAGCCUCUGGAAUCCAGGGAGUUGAAAUCAGCUUUGGAUCUACAUCUGACGGUGCCUCUGGAGGCCAAGGAUCUUCUGCUACCUUGGGAUCUUCAACCCACGGAUCCUCUGGAAUCCAAGGAUCUGCAAUUCAUGGUGCAUCUACCAGCGAAGUGUCUGCUACAGAUGUUACUGGAAGCCAUGAUUCCACCACCAGCAGCGAAGGUUUUACAAGCUUUACAUCAGGCAGCCAAAGUUCGCUUGAUGUGUUAUCAUCGGGCUCUCAGGGUUCCUCUUCAGAGACAUCAUUCGGCAGUGGGUCUUUCCUGGGUGUCAUCAGUCAAGGUUACAUCCCUCCUACGGCCUCUCACGACGCCUCUCUUUCUGGGUCUGGCGUCAGGGAAUUAAUCCUCAAAGUGAGCAGCAGCAGACCAGUUCACGCUGGUUCCUGCCCUGAGCUGCCUACAGAGUGCUUCCAAACCAAAUCUAGUAGAACGUUCAAGAAAUGUCACAAUGACAGUUCAUGUCGAUCCACUGAGAAGUGCUGCUUCGAUACCUGCCAGUCUGACCAGUGGGUGUGCAAGCCUUCCCUCACGAAGCCCUUGGACUGGUGAUAUCCUACUUCUCCCAUCACAUUCAUGCUCCAAAACUUACUGUUUAUUGAAAAAUAAUGUAAACAAGAAGUCAUAUCGAUCUCUGGUUAGCCAGAUGGCAGUUCUACACCCGUUACACAAGAUGCGAUUUAUGGGAACAAUGGGACUAUCAUCACCGACAGACUUAGUAAACAUAUUCGUUUCAGUUUACAUGCUAUCAUGGUGCAGGGAUACAUAUGCAGAAAUGAUAUUUGGCUAACCCAGGUUUGAAUCUUUAUGAUGCCUUGCUUACACAAUUCGUUCCUUUCAUGUAUCGUAUUAAGAGGAAUAUUUUGAAUAUUGAGUUGUUUGUAUUAUGACUUUCCAGUUAAUAAGACAGACUGUUCAGUAUAUACAACAAUUAUAUAAUUUUAACAUAAUACAGAGUAUUAUAAAUAGUAUGAAGUUUCACGGUUUAUAAUUUAUCAGCUUUAACAGGUGUUUGAGCUGUUAAAUUUUUUCAAACUAAUUGCAUUGUCCUAUAAUUUACUGUGA